AUGAUUAAUAAGGCUUCAUCUUUAACCAGAAUGACAUUUCGAAUGUUCAGAAUGACGACCAAAAAUUAAACCAGAUAUACAUAUGGGAAAUUAGACCACUUUUUCGCUCACUAUGAGAUGAGUGAAUUUGAAUCUCCCAAAAUUACCAUUAACAAAUUUUAAUAUUUAAUUGAUGACAUUUUUUAUUCCAACAGUCUUCAAUUUAAUACAUCCUUGGCUUCUUAUUUGAAUGCAAAUGAAAUAGAAAUAAGUUAAUUGUUGAUACUUUUAGAGAAAAUAUACUAAAAUAAUGUAUAUUUGUCAAGAACGAAUAAACAAUGUUUAACUUAAACAAUACUAAGCAAGUUCGAUUCCUUUAAUGAGGAUAUAAUCUCUGUUAUUAAUUAAGCCUGUUUAUUGGAGUUUAUUAAUGAAUAGCUAAUGGAACUAUUUAAUUUAAGUUUAAUUGCUGUUUAUUUUUGGUUAAGCACUUUUAAAAUAUAAUAAUCUUACAAAAAACGAAGCUUUCAUCAAAAAGUUGUAAGAACUUGCCAUAAAAUAUCUGGUUGUAUGUUUUCCUAAAUAUCGUUCUUAUUUAAAGGACUUUUUUAUAUUGAAUUAGAAUAAGAAGCAACAUAUUUAGGUUAAAUUAUUGAAUUAUAUAAAUCCUUCUAUAAGCUAUUGAUAACUAACUUUGCAGAAAAUUAAGAUUUUCAAAAUAUGACCCCGAAAGAGUUCACAAUAUUGCUUACUGCGUUAUUAAAACUAAAAGAUUAAUUUCAAAGUUAGAAAUAAGUAUUAUAACAUAAUCCUUACUAAAUCAAAUUAAAAAAACAGGCGUUUCUGCGUUUAGUGAAUUAGCUUUAUUAUCAGAAAUUGAUGGCAGAAGAUAUCAUAUCAGUGUUACAAUAUAAUGUUCAAUUAUAAUAAUAAUAAUAGUUUUCUCAAAGGAUAAUGAUUGUAAUACUAUUUGAAAUGCACUUUAAAUGGAGUUAUGAUGUAUCAAAAAAUCACUUAUUGAAUUUAAUCUCAAAUGUGAACAUAAGAGAAAUUCCAGAUUCGAACUUGGCAGUUACUUCUAGUUGUUAACCUUAUUGCCCUGGGAUUAAUUAUAACACAUAAUCAAUAAUAUAGAAUCGGUAUUUUAUAUUCUUAAUUGAUAGGAAAUGA